AUGGGGUUCUUGGAAAAAUUCAAGAGCAGGAGCACCGUCUCUGAAGUCUCCAGCGGCGUCGACCGCACCGAGAGCCAUGGCGAGGAUGCCGCCCACGCCGACAUGCACCUUCGACGCCUGCGGAGUCAGCAUCGCUGGGAUCCCUUCAUGGACCACGACAAGAUUGCUGCCGUCGACAGUGCCAUCGCCUCGGGUGACGCCGAGAAGGAGGCCGCCAUUGAACAGUCCAUUCUCCAGGAAGACUCCCCCUACUUGGAAGUGCGCUCUUCGGUCAAACCUACCGACGAUCCCAGCCAGUAUGUCGAGACCAUUCGCGCCUGGACCAUCGGCUUCGUCAUCUGCACCGUCGUCGGCGCCAUGAACGUUCUCCUCUACGAGCACUACCUCCAAGUCUCCAUCACCAGCUCCGUGGUGCAGCUCAUCGCCUACCCCAUGGGCACCGGCUGGGCCAAGUUCAUGCCCAACGUCAAGAUCUUUGGCGUUGAUCUGAACCCCGGCCCCUUCAACAAGAAGGAGCAUACCCUCAUCACCAUGAUGGCUGCUGCAGGCACGACCAUCAGCUACGCCAUCUCCAUCUUGAUUGCGCAGCAAAUUUUCUACGGCCAGGCUUGGGGCUGGGGCUUCCAGAUCCUCCUGAUCAUGUCGACCCAGGCCAUGGGCUUCGGUCUUGCCGGUGUUAUGCGCCGCUUCCUGAUUUGGCCCGCCGCCAUGGUCUGGCCUGCCACCCUCAUCACUUGCUCCGUCAUGGACGGUCUGCACUCGCGAGGCUCUGCCGACCCCGUCCACGGCUGGACCAUGGGUCGGUACAAGUUUUUCAUGAUUGUUUCCGGCGCCACCUUCAUCUGGCAGUGGAUUCCCAACACCAUUGCUCCUUUUGUAGGCAUGCUCGGACUCUUCCCUACCUGGGCCGCCCCCCACAACGUCGCAGUCAACCAGGUAUUUGGCGGCCGCAACGGUCUCGGCUUCCUUCCCGGAACCCUCGAUUGGAGUGGUGUUGCCGGCUUCUUCGGCAACCCUCUUCAGUUCCCUUCCUUUGCCCUGUACAACGCCCUCUUUGGUGCGCUCAUCAUCCUGGUCUGCGGUUAUGCCGUUGCAUUUGGAGGUGCCGAGUUCUACCGCUAUCUCCCUCUGAGCGCAAACAACAACUUUGACCAUUUCGGCAAGGUAUACAACACGUCCCGAAUUUUGAACAAGGACCUUACCCUGAAUGUUGCGGCUUAUGAAGCAUACUCGCCUCUACUGAUCGGUCCCGUUUUCACCAUGGCAUAUGCGCUGGGUUUCGCUGCGCUCAUGUCUACCGUCACUCACGUUGUUCUUUUCUACGGAAAGGACAUCUAUCGCCGUACCAAGAAUGCCAGAUAUGAGGAGCCUGAUGUUCACCUGAAGCUCAUGCGAAAGUACCCCGAGGCUCCUGAGUGGUGGUUCAUGGGUGUCUUCAUCGUUUCAUUCGCCUUCGCCCUGGCUGCUUCUCUCGUUUGGGACACCAAGCUCACAUGGUGGGCAUUCAUCCUCUGCGUCAUCAUGGGUAUCGUCAUGAUCCUCCCUGUUGGAAUUAUCCAAGCCAUUACCAGUCAGCAAACCGGCCUCAACAUCAUCACGGAAUUCAUCGUUGGUUACAUGCUUCCCGGCAGACCCGUCGCUAUGAUGCUCUUCAAGAGCUGGGGCUACAUGCUGAUGGCCAACGGUCUCACCUUCGUGUCGGACAUGAAAAUCGGACACUACAUGAAGGUUCCUCCUCGCUCCAUGUUCCGCGCACAAUUCUUUGCUGUUGUUUGGCUGUCGCUCGUGCAAGUCGCCACUUUCAACUUCCUCCUGGGCAACAUUCCCGGCUUCUGCGAGCCCGACCAAAAGCAAGGAUUCAUUUGCCCGGGCGCGCGCACCUUCUACAACGCCAGUGUCAUCUGGGGAGUUGUUGGUCCCAAGCGCAUGUUCGGCCCUGGAGCUCUCUUCUCGUGGAUCAACUGGUUCUGGCUUAUUGGAUUUGUAUGCACAGUCGCUCACUGGCUGAUUGCCAGAAAAUACCCCCGCAGCAUCGCCCGCUUUGUCUACUUCCCUGCCAUCUUCAGCAUCGGCGGUAUGAUUCCUCCUGCUACGCUGUGGAACCUGUCCAACUGGCUAGUUGUUGGCUGCUUCUUCAACAUUUGGAUCAUGGGCAAGUACAAGGGAUGGUGGGCCCGGUACACCUAUGUCAUGGCUGGCGCCCUCGACGUCGGCAAUGCACUUUGCAUUGUAUUGUUUGCCUUGGGUCUUGGCCUAUCAGCCAAAUCCUUCCCCGCGUGGUGGGGUACCACGGUAGUUGACGAGACUUUCGACGCCUUGAAAAAGGCACGAACCAGGCAGCCUCCUACUGAUGGCUCGUUCUUUGGACCAGCGGCGGGCACCUGGUAG